CUGGCCAGCUACAAGAUCCGGUCCGUGCGCUAAACCGUAGCGGGAAGUUUUCGAAACUUUCGGGAGUUUUGUGUGGUUUAUUUUAAGGAUUGGAGAAGUUUUUGUGUUGGGAUACCUGUGGAAGUUUCGUUUGUGUUGGAAAAUAGAUGAGGGGAUUAGAUAAGAUGUUGGUCCUAAAAGAGUUCAAGUGAAUGAUGAGUGGGUUUAUACUGAGUGAAGUUGUGAUAGCUGUUGUGGACUGAUUGUGCACAAGCAAAAAAAUUCAAUUUAUGCAACAUAAAUAGGGGAAAUUUUGGAGGAAUGAUACCAGAUGAACAUGCAGAAACAACGCAGGGAGCUGGGAAUAAAACGAUUUUGGUCAGCAGUAAAAAAUUCUAAUAGCAGUAGCUCGCAGGGAGACCAUGAUUCUCCACCUGAGGAUUCCAAGUCUGCACUCAACUGCUCCUUACCUUUAUUACAGGUUUGGCCGAGUUCGGACUCACCUCGGGGCGAGGCGGACGGCCAAAGUUUCGUAUUCCCAGAAUGUUCCGACGGUGACAAUAUUUCCCAACACUCCACUUGCCUCGACACCAUCCAUCACACCGAUUCGGGAAUUGAAUCUUCGCAAGUUUCUCCACUACCGCCACCUGUUGCUACCUCACCAAUCCCCUCACCCACGCCAAGCUUAAGGAGGCCUAGCACCUCCUUACUACAUCCUGACCAUGCGAGGCUAUUUCGGUUAUACCAAGUACCAUCGCCCGACCAAACUUCCAUGGAGGACGUCUCAGAUCAGCAGAAUAAUCUGGCGACGUCUUUGUCUUCGUCUACCACCUCCUCACUUACGUCUAUUGCAGCAGGAGUAAUAACUUGCAACUCGAUAGCGAGCAACUCCUCCGACAGCCGCAGAAGAUCCUCCUCGAUGACAACCCGUUACUCACUCUUCGACGCCUUGGAUCUCGAAUACGCGUUACUCAGAGCGGCGGCGAGAGGUAGCGUCGGCCCCUACUCGCUGAGUGAGAGCCUCCAUAAGCUCACUUUCACUCAGAGUCUCGCGUUUCCUGCUUUGGCACGGGGAUUGGCAGGAAAAAGGAGGAGAUCACAUCAAAACAGUAGUACCAGACCACUGGAUACAGGUGACAGCGGUCUAAACGCUUUUGCCAAAGUGGUCACGGUGUUGGUGUUGGUACUGGUGAGUGUCUUGGUGUUUGCGGUGGUGUACAAGUUUGUGAGGACGUGAGGUUUACUUCUUGCUCCUGGCGGGGCAAAGACUAAUAGGUUUAUUAUUGGGAGGAACGCUAGUAGGAGUGGUGGAUUUACAUAGCUACAGCAUGACCAAGAUUGAGUGAUUAACGUAACAUCGACCAAGUAGAUAGGUUUUAUGAUACAAGUGGUACAAAGUCUUGUUAAAAUGGACAUAAUUUAAAUAAUUUUAACUUUUAUUCGCUCUUCUUAUUGAGGGAAAUAUUUUCGGUUAGUCCCAGAAGAUUCUUAAGAAAUGUGCUCAGGAUAAUGUAUUUUUAUUUUUAUCCCUGAGGAUUACUAUUUUAAUAUUGCGCUUUUGCUAUAAAAGUGAUAAAAGUUAAAGUUCGACAAUUUUAUGGUUCAAGUUGACGGAUCAUUUAAUGUGAUAGCUUUAAAAGGAAUAUAAUUAGCUACUAGGUAAAGCUUAUAUACUAUAUAAACCUGUUUAUAAUCAUUAAAAUAUCUCUAUGUGUUUUUAUAAAUAAGUGAAUAUAUAAUAAAGAAUCGUGUUGCAACAUGUUAUGCAUACACAUUUUUUUUGUAUAAAUAGCUAGGGCUUUGGAAUGCUUCUUUUUUGUUAAAAUGUAGAAUACUCAACAUUUCAAUUAAAUGAAACUUGAUUCUUACGCA